AUGUACCACUGCUUUGGCUCUGUGACUGGAGGGGAUGAGUAUGGCAGUACAUGGCAUCACACUGGUCUUCCCUUCCCUGGCUACAACAGCCGAGCCAACCUAGAGGCCAUUCAGAGUGAAAAGUGCAAUUUUUUCUAUGGCACUCCCACAAUGUACAUUGACAUGCUCAGCCAACCAGAUUUACACAAGUACGAUUUGUCAUCAGUUGAAGCUGGCCUCAUGGGAGGUUCUCCGUGCCCUCCUGAGGUUGUGAGAAGACUGAGAACAGACAUGAACAUGAAAGAAAUAACGUGUAUUUAUGGAACCACUGAGAACAGCCCCGUAACAUUUCUGGGAUUUCCACAAGACAACGAGGAGCUGAAGAUAAAUACUGUUGGAUGUAUCAUGAACCACACUGAGGCCAAAGUGGUGGACCCUGCUACUGGGGAGAUUGUCCCUCUGGGGGCCUCAGGAGAGCUGAUGAUCAGAGGCACCUGUGUGAUGCAUGGAUACUGGGAUGAUCCUGAGAAGACCAGAGAGGUUAUCUCCCAAGACCGCUGGUACAGGACUGGUGACACGGCCAGUCUGAACAGUCUGGGAUACUGCCGCAUUGAGGGACGCAUAAAGGACUUGAUCAUCAGAGGAGGGGAGAACAUCUACCCUGCUGAGAUAGAGCAGUUUCUCUAUUCACAUCCCAAAGUACAGGACGUGCAGGUGGUUGGAGUGAAAGAUGAGAGGCUGGGUGAGCAGGUGUGUGCCUGCAUCAGGCUGAAGGAGGGCCAGACCUCCAGUGCAGAGGAAAUAAGAGCAUUCUGCAAAGGCCAGAUUUCUCACUUCAAGAUCCCACACUAUGUGAUGUUCGUAGACAGCUACCCUCUGACAGCUAUAAGAAAGGUGAAGAAGAAUGUAUUAAAGGAGGAAAUUGAGAAGAAAUUAAGCCUUUAAUUUUGUCUGAGUAACUCCUUGCCUGUAGGUGGCACUGCAGGCUCCAUCAUGUCAAGCUGUAAUAAUUCAAACCAACUAUUGUUCAGUAUGUAAAUAUUUGCACAUUUUAUCAUGAUAUUUUUAUUAAAAUUGAUAAAAAUCAGUUUGACUUCAAACAGAAUUUCUACAAGCAAGGUUUAAGCAGAGUCACACAGUAUUUUUAAAAUACUACAGCAAAUUUUCUGCCUCUGCAUUUAAGCAUAAAUGAGUAUUAUGGGAUAUUUCUGCUAUUUUCACCCUAGCCUAUAAAUUUGGGACAAUGUUUCCAUACUUCUGUCCAAGACGGUGUUAACAGGUUAAGUGUGAGUGUGAUGGUUUAAUAAAUAUAAGCAUAUUUUUGUAUAAA